AGAAACGACCUGCCGUAUAUAGUAUGUAUAAAGAGCGUGGACGAGCGUGAGGAUAACGUAGCUCACAAUCAGAUCGGCUCCCGGUUCAUCAGUGCUUGGCAGGCUUCCCGUCGAGACAGACGCGUGCUUCGAGUAAUUCUUCCAUCAAACGCUCAAGGACAAAACGAUAAUGAGGCUUAACAGUAUCAUACCGAAUUUUAAAGCCGAGACCACGCAGGGUCCCAUCGACUUUUACGACUGGCAGGGCAACUCAUGGGUGGUCAUAUUCUCUCACCCUGCGGACUUCACCCCCGUGUGCACCACCGAACUGGGUCGCAUCGCGGUGCAUCAGCCACACUUUAAAAAGCGCAACACCAAGUUGCUGGCACAUUCCGUCGACAAGCUCAAGGACCAUGUAGACUGGGUCAACGACAUCAAGUCGUACUGCCUGGACAUCCCCGGCGCUUUCCCGUAUCCCAUAGUUGCCGAUCCCGACCGCAAGCUCGCCGUGCAGCUGGACAUGAUCGACGAGGAGAGCAAGGACGAUCCGGAAACCGCUCAGACCGUUCGAGCACUGUACAUCAUCAGUCCGGACCAUCGCCUGCGACUCUCCAUGCAAUAUCCGACCUCCACCGGACGCAACGUCGACGAAAUAUUGCGUGCGAUCGAUUCGCUGCAGCUGGUCGACAGAAGGCCCGAAAUAGCAACUCCCGCCAACUGGGUGCCUGGUGAGAAAGUGAUGAUCCUGCCGACGGUGAAGGAGGAGGAUAUCCCGAAACUGUUCCCAGGAGGAGUCGAUCGUGUAUCCAUGCCGUCCGGAAAGGUCUACGUCCGCACUACCACUAAUUACUAAUUAUAAAAACAUUUUCGCUAUGUUUCCACUCGCUUCGUCUGAAUAGCUUUCAGCACCUUUAAAGCGAGAUUGGAAGAUUGUAACACGGCAGACCGUUUUCUAAUAAAAAUUGCACUCGAUAACUA